AUGUCUUCAACCCGGAAGUUCCCUACAGUUGAAAUUGAAGCAAAAGACGAUAUGGCGAAUGAGCAUACUACCAAUAGCGCCCGCGCAAACAAUACAUCUGUGCCUGCACUACCCAGGCUGGUCACUCCCUCUAGCGCCGGUAUGCCCUUGUCGGACGUGAACAUCGGGAGCGACACUCCACGCCUUGCUUCUCCCUUGCACACACCCUCAACACCUGGCCAUUUCAUCAACCAAGAGCUAAACCCGACGUCCUUCUCCCGCUCUCCAACUCUCGUUUCCUCCAUCUUCCCGACCGAGCUACCUCUCCGUACCCCGCCUCGACCUUCACUCAUCAACCGUGUAUUCAGCCUGUCGCCACCGUCUACGCAUGCGGCUCGCGCUGAAAAUCGCGCACCUUGCACUUUCCACACACCAGAUAUCGAGUUGGGUGGGCAGGAGCACUUGACUUGUGUCUUGCAACAAGAUGAGAGGGCCAAGAAUAUCAAGAAGAUCGAGAAGGUCAAGUUCGUGCUGCUGCUAAUGGGUGGGACGACGCUUUGUUUAGCGAUGGGUAUAAUGGUGUAUUUGGUCGUGAAGUUUGCUACUGAGGAUGGUGGGCAUUAG